AUGCUUGGUGGAACAGGUGGUGGCGUUGGAAGCAGCCUCAGCACUGGCGGAGGCGACGGCGUUCCGCUCAUCACGCGCCUUCUCCUGCUCCGUGCCACGGUGCGCUUUAGCCUCUCGCCGUCUACCUUGUCUACGUCCUCAGCUAGAGAGACGUCUCUGAUGAUGCCAGAGCUGAGCAUCGUCUCGCACUAUGUCCGAGGGUCGUCGCUGCGGCCGGUGACAAGCACGCCGAAGGAGGAGGCCCAGUUUCUCGAAGCGCAUCCAUCGCUACAUGGCCUGCUCCUCUCUCUUGCCUCCGGCCGCCUCGCACAGCGAGUAAAGCUGCGCCAGCUGCAGACCAGCGUCGUGCGGACAUCUGUGAAGCUUACACAGAGAGCCGCGCUAACCUCUUUGGCCGAAGCCGCACCAGCGUCACGCAGCAGUGGCGGCAGCAGCAGAGCCGUUGAUUACAAUCAGCUCCAAGGUGUCGUCGCGGCUGCGACGGCGAGCUUCGCUGAGGAUGUGGCAUGGUACAGCACCGUCACGCCACACAGCGCGCAGCUAAACCCGUGGUGCCUUCUACCCAUCUCAGCAGCAGGCUGCUACUUGACCGUGCCAUCGCCACCCUUCGUGCAUUGGUGCAAGCUGCAGGCGGCGCACUGCUGUGUUGAGGCCGGCGCUGCAUCGUCCGUCAAACCUGGCGUUCACGGUGGCCCAAUGCGGUACAACGACAUUGUGCACUACGCCAGCUCUGCUCCCUCACCCUCCAGCAACACCCACUCCUCUACCGGCGUGACAGCAGCGCAGAGCACAGGCGUCGGUGAGGACGGUGGCUACGUGCACGGCUACGCAUUCAUUCUCGAGGGAGACGUGUUUAGCGGCAGCGGCGUUGACGAGGCAGCGGCCGCUGCUGUGGCAGCGGCCGCAGCUGCCACAGAGAGUCAGCGCUCUGAGGCCUUGUCGCGUGACAGCGGCGACGAGGAGGCGAGCGUCCUCCUGUGGUGCGUACUAAGUGACGCGCCGGUGUUCAACUUUAUGUGCGCCCUCACGCACGCGGCCGUGGGGGCUAUGAGCUGUGUCGCUCAGCGCCUGUACCAUGAGCGAGUCAUGUCCACAGAGUCGUCGUCGGCAAGCCCCUUGCUCUCCAACGGCGUCUACACUGCGCUCCUGGAUGACGCGAUACAGGAGGAGGUUGUGCGGCCUCUGGCGAAGGAACUACUCACCUUUGGUUCUGCCAGCAGUCGCACGUUGCCUGGGGACACCUUCACCGUGCAGCUAGCGCUCACACGCAGCAGCAGUGGUGGCGCCAUUGCAUCACAUCGGCUCGCAGCCUCCAUCUCGAAUCAGCUGACCUUCCGCCGUCCCCUCGACUUGCUCUACGCCCACGCUGACGUGCCUCUGUCGCUCCUUCUGCUGAGCUUCAACGAAGACGCGCUGCGCGUCCUGCAGUCGCUCCUGCUGCAAGAGGCGCGGGUAGUGGUGCUCGGCUCCACUCCGCAGCACGCGUCGGCGUGCGUCGUCAGCUUGCUGGCGCUGCUGGGCCCACUCACGUGGGUGUCCCCACUCAUCCCAUACCUCCCGCCACAUCUAGCCGCCGUGACGGGACUGCUGCAGACGCUGCUGAGGCCCCCCUUUGAGCAACCGGGACAACGAGCGCCGUCGGGUAAGUCGCUUUCCCCGGCGCCAUCCUCGCAGUUGAAGGAAAGCAGCGGCUUCCUGCUCGGCAGCACCGCCGCCAUCCAACCCUAUCUCAUCCUCCUCUCUUCUUCCCCGAAAGUCGAGGCAGGUAUGAGCGCCAGCGACUACGACCGCAGUGACAAGCGCGCGUUGCGGCUCUGGAUUGCCGACGCUCGAACCGGCUGCGUCGGUGUAUGCCCAGAGGAUCCAGUAAUGCGGUUCUCGCAGGCAAAUUCUCUGCCAUCAACUGACCCGUCGGACGGGUCGGCAACACCGGCGCCAGCAAGCCGCGGCGCCGUCAACGCAUGGGCGAGUCGCGCGCACGUGAACCUCCGUGAAAUCGCGUCGCACAACUACAAGCCCGACGAGAACCAAAGCGUCAGCGCUCUGUACGGCGCCGUUCGCAGCAACCUGCGCGCCGUGGCGGAGUCGAACGUUAUGAGCGCAGCACCGCUGGACCUUCUACCUGCCUUCAGCGACGAUCUGCGAGACCAGCUGCGCCGCCUGGUGAGCGUCGAAAAGCGUCGUCUCUUCCGGCACAGCCUGGAGGCAGUGGCACAGCAUAUGCACGCCCGACUGGAGGCCCUCGAGUCACUGGCGGCACGCCUCACACGGGGACUGCGACAGGCAAUCACGGCCACUGACCUCUGCUGCAAUGUCUCCGUCGCCAGCACGCUGAACGACAGCUUCGAAAAUCGAAGCAACUGCAGCGACACCGAAGAGAGCAGUGGUGGACUCACCGCGGCGCACGCCGGCGAUGACGACGGCAACGACACUUCUCCGUUGCGCGCCAUCACGGAGGCCCUCGCAAAGUCCUACUCGCACUCCUUCGCCGGAGACGCCGCGCCGUCGGCGACGUCCUUCGCUGCUGCCCACACCCCACAAUUCCCCGUGUUGUCUCCCAGCGAACUUUGGCAAGUGCAGGCGGGUGUCUUCGGCUAUGUGGUGGAGCGCUUCACAGGGGCGUACCGCCGAGGGCUAUCCACGACGACACUCGGCAACGGCGCUGGUGGAUGUGAACAGCGUCGCACCACAGCCAUGGAGUCGUCAGUGUUCUUGGUGCCCGGCAUGAACCAGAACUACACCCUGGCUGAGCGCGUUGCCCAGACGCACAUUUUUAAGCAGUUCGAGUGCGCUGUCUUGGCCGCAGAGCAGGUGGGGCUGCGUCGCGUCUUCUCUGGUGUUCCUCACACGCGUGUUGGCGAGGGAGGCCAUCCUCUCCUCACCAAUGUCCGCUCCCUGGCGUUCUUCGCCCUCUUGUGCAGCCGGGCGCGCCUACACUACGCAGAGUUAUACCCCGACAUGGCCUCCGUGGACGCGGUCGGACUCGUGUACACUUCUGUGGUGACGCGGUGGUUCUCGAACCGACGCGGUCCCUCAUCAUCGGUGAGUGUGCCUGGCGCCAUCCGAUUUCUUGCCGGGGGCCACAACGACAGCGACAAUGACCCUGUGGACGUUGCUGAUGCCGACGCAACCCAUGCGCCUCAUGGCGGGAGCGGGCCUGGAGUGCAUAGCAGCGGCGGCAGCAGGGGUGGUGGUGGUGGUAGUGGUAGUCUGCGUGGAUUCUUCUCCAAGGUCGCGAAGGUGGUGAAGCAUGGCUACAGCACCACCGGACGCGCGCGGGAACCGCAGUCUGUUUACCUCCCCGCUGCCAUCGCCUGCCUACAUAACUUCAGCGUUCCCCUCUUUUCGCAGCUGUCAAAAACCCCGCAGUCCUUCGCCACCACCCCAUACUCGGAGAACACCUCCAUGAAGAGCAGCAGCAGCAGCGAAGCAGGUGGUGCUCCUGGUAGUGGGGGCGGCCGCCGUUACCAUCGCCGUCACCACAAUGCGCAUGCAUUCCUCACCACCUGUAAGCCACCGCCCGAGCGAAUCAAGUGGGCCCGACAGCAACAGCAACAGCAGCACAUCGCACUCAACAUGGACUUCACAUUGCCUAACGGGGCCAACGUGGGGCGAGCGGCGGGUCUCGGCGGUGGCAGUGGCAGCACGUAUGGGAGUGGGCCGGGGAUCGAGUCGGCGAGGGUUGACCUCAUCACUCGUACCGGCGGUGACUCAAUCGGGGGUCCGGACAAGGCCGGCAGUAGCGCUGCCGCACCAUGUCGUGAUGGAGGUCUGCAGGCGAUGGCAGGCGUGUCUCUCGACAUUUGCCGUGCCCUACCGCUCGAUAUCGUGCACGAGUUUGACGCGUACCAGCCGCUGCUGCGCCCUACCGCGCCAGGCAGCGCAGAAAGCUCAUGGGCGAGCAACGGUGAGGACGCUCUGGCCGCCAGGUCCGCGGCGGCCUUCAUGCGAGUCGGGUACUUGUGUCCGUCGUCCAUGAACGUGUGGCGGGAAGGCGAAGUCCGUACGAUGCGCGCCGCAUUGCACCAGUCGCCCCCGCGCCCAGCGAAGCCGCCUGUAUCCUCUGUGUCGCCUUCUGCCUCGUCCACACGGUCACGACUCCCGCUGCACCCGGGAGCUGAGAACCCGGCGGAGACAUCAAUCCCUCCAGAUUCGCUGUGCCUGUUCCCCGCGCCACCGCAGUCCACCGCCCCACCGCCGACAACCACGACAGCCUUGUCGAUGGAGACGUCGACGUCGUCGGUAUGGUGUGCCUUCACCAGCGGCGCCCCGCAGGACUACCCCUCUGCGGACCCUGCCGCGUCAGGUGGGCAUUCGGGUGGAGAUGCACAGCAGCACCAAGUAGCGCCUGUGCGUGCCUCUGUGGCGGCCUCGUCGCCGUUGUCCCAUGCAGCCGCUCCGUUACCGGCACCCUCUGCCAGCGACAGUGCUAGUCUCCGUAGCUCGACGUCGCACCACCGCGAGGUGGAGGACUUGUGGUGUGUCCAGCUACCAUUGGUGCUGGAGAAUGGGCUGCCAGCGCCACUGCAGGGCGCUGCGACUCAGAGGAUGAUGACACAGACCGCUGAUAGCGGCGACGGUGGCACUUGGAGCACCGGCGCACCACUUGCGCCGCCGACGAUGCCAGAUGAAAUGAAAGCAGCAUCGCCAUGCAGGGCCUUUGCACUCACGCCGACACCUGCUGUUGCCGUGGCGCCGGCUCCUCGCAGUGUGAUGGACGAUCUCUUCGCCGACAUGCCGACCUCCUCGACGGUGAACGCAGCAACAGCGGGGAAGGACGACAAGCAGCAGCUGAUGGCGGCUCCUCGACUACACGCCCUCGACAACUUCUUCUAA